AUGGAUGACUAUUUGCACCUAAAAGUUCAUCACAGCGGUGAAUUUGUUAAUGAAGAUUUUAGUGUGUACGAAGGGGGUGGGGUGGCUGAUUUGAAAAUAGAUAUUGAUAGGUGGAGUUAUUUUGAGUUGUUAGAUUGUUUUAAGGAUUUAGGUUAUAAUGUCAUAGAGAAGAUAUAUUAUAGAGAUCCCACAUUUGAGAUGAAUGUGUUGGUUGAUGACAAAGGUGUCUUAGAGAUUGUUGGUCUCUAUAGGAUUCUCUUAGUGUUGACAUUUAUAUUCAACACACAUUGUCGCAGCCUGAUUAUUAUAAUGGUCCCUUUGUUGAGAUAG